GGAAGAGAGAACAGGCCUGCCUUCCCCCAGUAGUCAACGGCACGCACUCUGUAAAAGCCGGAGACUGAGCUUCCUGCAAAUGAAAAGGUCAUGUGGGGACAGGUUCAACAAAGAAGCAGAACAAGAAGCACACAGGCUGACUGAAAACCCUCUGCUUUACUCAGGAAGCAGCAACACUUACUUUAAAGAAAGCUGUGAUCCUGAGGUACUGUGCUACUGGGUGCUGAAAAAGCUGUUGUGGAACUACUGCAGCUACUUUGUGCCUUUGGAACACAUAAAUGAAGUAAACACUGGGAAAAUGGAAAGACCACUUGAGGCUACCAGAAUGGAAAACACUUCACCCUGCUUUCUCAUGGAAAGAAAGACUCAUGUCAAGACUAACUGGAAAGAAGUCAUGCUAGCUAAGAUGAGAAAGAGCUGCACCUGCACACCACAGAAGCUGAAGAACUUUCUUAUGGACUUCUUUCCCGUUUUACGGUGGCUUCCCAAGUACCGAUGCAAAGAAUACAUUUGGGGGGAUGUUAUGUCUGGGUUAGUGAUUGGGAUCAUUUUGGUGCCUCAAGCAAUUGCAUAUUCACUGUUGGCAGGUCUGAAGCCCAUUUAUAGCCUCUACACAUCAUUCUUUGCCAACAUCAUCUAUUUCUUAAUGGGCACAUCCCGUCAUGUCUCAGUUGGCAUUUUCAGCUUGAUAAGCUUAAUGGUGGGACAAGUUGUGGACCGAGAACUUCUCUUGGCUGGAUUUGACUUGAAUGAUGAUGCCUCACCAGCCUCGGGUGAUGGCUCACUGCAGAAUGACAAUCUGUCCAACACAACUGCCUUCAACCUUACCAUUGUGGGGAUAAAUGCCGAGUGUGGGAAAGAGUGCUACGCUAUUGGCAUUGCUACAGCCUUGACAUUCAUGGCUGGAGUGUAUCAGGUUCUAAUGGGGAUCUUCCGUCUGGGUUUCGUAUCUAUGUACCUAUCUGAGUCCGUACUAGAUGGCUUUGCAACUGGUGCUUCCUUAACCAUUUUAACAGCUCAAGUGAAGUAUCUGAUUGGAAUAAAAAUUCCACGUAGCCAAGGGCACGGGAUGCUUGUUAUUACUUGGAUUAACAUUUUCCGGAACAUUUCUCAGGCUAACCUUUGUGAUGUCAUCACAAGUGCCAUUUGUAUUGUAGUGCUGGUCACUGCUAAGGAACUCGGAGAUAGGUAUAAGCAUAAACUGAAAUUUCCUCUUCCCACAGAGCUGGUAGUUAUUGUUGUGGCAACAUUAGUGUCACACUAUGGUAAGCUAAAUGAAGUGUAUGCAUCCAGUGUUUCUGGAGCUAUUCCAACAGGAUUUAUCCCUCCAAAGGUACCAGAGUUCAACUUAAUGCUCCGAGUUGCUCUAGAUGCUUUGCCUCUUGCCAUAGUCAGUUUUGUCUUCACUGUAUCCCUUUCUGAAAUGUUUGCAAAGAAAUAUGCUUACACCAUCCGAGCCAAUCAGGAAAUGUUUGCUGUGGGGUUCUGCAACAUCAUUCCUUCUUUCUUCCACUCUUUUGCAACCAGUGCAGCUCUGGCAAAAACACUCGUCAAAACAUCUACAGGCUGCCAGACUCAAAUCUCUGGAGUAAUUAGUGCAAUGGUGGUUUUGUUGGUGCUGCUCUUCCUGGCACCUCUCUUCUACUCCUUGCAGAAGUGUGUCCUGGCUUGUAUUAUCAUUGUCAGCCUUCGGGGAGCCCUGAGGAAGUUCCGAGAUGUGCCAGCACGGUACCAUGUGAAUAAGGUGGACACACUUGUUUGGGUAGUUACCAUGUCUGCCUCUGCCUUGGUCAGCACAGAAAUAGGGCUGUUGGUUGGCAUUGUUUUCUCCAUGUUAUGCAUCAUUGUUCGGACCCAGCGGCCACGGACAGCCCUUCUUGCUCAGAUCCAAGACACAAGCUUUUAUGAGGAUGAUUUAGAAUAUGAAAAUCUCUCUACUGUUCCAAAGGUCAAAAUAUUUCGGUUUGAGGCCCCACUUUACUAUGCAAAUAGAAAUUACUUCCUGAAGUCUCUAUACAGAUUGACCAAUUUAGAUCCUAACCUAGAAGCUGCUAGGAGGAAGAAAUAUGAGAAGAAAGAAAAGCAGCAUCUGAAAAAGGGAAAUCACGGAACUCCUAAUGGACUGGGCAUCGGAGAAACCACUUUGCAACUAGUUCCUAAGCAAAUUGAGUUCCAAGCCCUUGUUGUAGAUUGCUCUUCCAUCUCAUUUUUGGACACCACUGGAGUUAAUACUUUAAAGGAAAUCCUGAAAGACUACAAGAAUUUAAACAUUUCUGUUCUCUUGGCUUGCUGCAAUCCCUCAGUGAUAGACUCUCUGAAAAGGGGAGGUUACUUUGGAAAGGAUUUUGGAUGUAUGCAGGAAAUGGUAUUCUACAGUAUACAUAAUGCUGUGCUGUUUGCAAAAGACCAAAAGCUUCCAGCAGAUUGUUCAGUUUAACCCUGUGUCUUCUGGGAUGAUUCACUACAAAGUGACAGAUGGAGAGGGGUAGUUUGCAACAAGUAAAUUAUCAGACACACUGUUGGCUUUGUAAAGUCAUUCCCCACAAAGUGUUCCACUUUAUAUCAUAUGCCACAAAGAGCAGCCACUGGGGAGGCAGCCCAGGACACGCAUGGAAAGGUUAGAUUCCCACCUUCACUUUAAAAUGCAGGCAAAGGCAGUUUGGAUUAACUUGUCCACGAUACCAUGAUCAUUUGUGACCCAGCAUGGAUGUCAGGGAAUUGUUGUGGUGGAAGGCCUGCUCUCCCAGUUGCUCUCCCAAUGAUUUAAUGGCUGGUUUGUAUUAAGAAGGCCACUUCCAUCAAGAUGCAAUCAAUAUGGCAUUCUGGACACAUAAUGGUUUAAACUGUGGCUUGCAAGGCCCUGCCCCUUCCAAUCAUUCUAGGUGUACACCUAAACAAGUCCCCACUGUUAGCAUAAAAAUAAAAUGUAUAAAAUACUGUGGAAUGUUGAAUAUCUCUCCUCCUUGAUCACACAAGCCUAACAGCGUAACCUGCCACAGGAGAAGAAAACAUGAUCCAUUUCAGGUUCCUCUCAAAAUUACCAUUUCCAAAAAUUUCUGGCUUUGGAGUCACAGGACUCAUCUGUUCUACUGGAUUAAAUCUGUCAUAAUUAGUUACUGUAAUACCCCUAAUUAUGCUGGAAUAAAUAUGACUCUGAUGCACAACUUUUUAACUAGUAAAAGGAUAAACAGGAUUAAGAAAAAUGAAUGGCUUCAACUGGCAGCUACCUAGCUAGUUGUACCACCCUGUAAAGUAAGUUGCCUCUGGUGGGCAGAUGCAACUCUAAUUCAGGGAUACAUAAGGACCAUCAAACAUAAAACCUCAGAGCUGUGUUGCAGCACAUCACUAUCUUCCUACAAAUGCCUGCCUGGGUUCAAAGAAAAACAAGAGAAAAUAAGGGUAGGGUGGGAAGGUAAAUCUGUGAGUUUUCUUUAAGGGGAUUGAUAGAUCAGUCAGAACUGCCUGGCUGGUCUUCUCUGAUGCAAUGCUAAUAAAGUAUUACAAGUAACAUACAUGGGUCAAGUAAAUGGAGCAAUGCUUCGUAACUUGUGUAUCCCUCCAUGCUGAAAAACUUUCACCACUGAUUGUACAUACUACAGAUGUUGUGUGGAUUUUGUUUGUUUGGCAUAUUUUUCCUAUCAUAUUAAUCUUUGAUUUGAGGUCUACUAGACUGUAUUUUCUGGGACUGGUUACUUUCUAUAAUAAUUUGCAUUAACUGCUGUUCAUUAUGCUUUAUGUCAUCAAUUGUAUUGCUGUAUAUGCAUAUCUCUCUUCACAAAUAAGAAUAUACUUGGGUUUUGACUGUAAUGCAGUAUUCACUGUUCUGGCCCAUGGCAUGGGCAGAAUGUUCUGUUUCAUACUCAAGUUUAUAAUUACCUGCACAGAAGGUAAGACAGCUGUGCUCGCUCUCUCUCCUUUUUCAUGUCAGGUUCAGACAUAACCAAGCAUGGAAGGAAAUUCUAUCACAGCUGUAUCUCACAACUAACAGACUCUAGAAACAUGUUCCAUAUAUGUAGAAGCCAUUUCUUGUCCCAUUAAAAAAAAAAAAAAAA